CGGCGCGCGCAGGGAGCGUGCGGGGCGGGCGGCGCGGGGGAAGCGGCGGAGCCGAGCCUGUGCUCACCUGCAGCCGCGCGGCUCACCUGCGGCGGAUCGCGCCCCGCGCCCUCCCCGCCCGCUCCGCAGCGACAUGCGACAGGAGUAGCCCUCGCUCUUGGGAAGCCGCGAAGGAGCCCCCUCGGCCGAGUCACGCCAAGAGGACGGGUUAAAAUGAAUGAAGACCUGCAGGUCAAUGUAAGCGGGCUGCCUCCGGAGCAUUUAGAUGCCACUGCUGCGGAGAACAUCUCAGCCGCUGCCUCCGCCCAGGCUCCUGUCGCUGAGCCAGAGCCUGAGCUCGUAGUCAACCCCUGGGACAUUGUCCUGUGCACCUCGGGAACCCUCAUCUCCUGCGAAAAUGCCGUGGUGGUCCUUAUCAUCUUCCACAACCCCAGCCUGCGAGCACCCAUGUUCCUGCUGAUAGGCAGCCUGGCGCUGGCAGACCUGCUGGCCGGCAUCGGACUCAUCAUCAAUUUUGUGUUUGCCUACCUGCUUCAGUCGGAAGCCACCAAGCUGGUCACCAUCGGGCUCAUUGUGGCCUCCUUCUCCGCCUCUGUCUGCAGCUUGCUGGCCAUCACUGUGGACCGCUACCUCUCGCUCUAUUACGCUCUGACCUACCACUCGGAGCGGACGGUCACCUUCACCUAUGUCAUGCUGGUCAUGCUCUGGGGGACCUCCAUCUGCCUGGGGCUGCUGCCAGUGCUGGGCUGGAACUGCCUCCGGGACGAGUCCACGUGCAGUGUGGUCAGGCCCCUGACCAAGAACAACACGGCCAUCCUUUCCGUCUCUUUCCUCUUCAUGUUCGCACUCAUGCUUCAGCUCUACAUCCAGAUCUGUAAGAUCGUGGUGAGGCAUGCCCAUCAGAUAGCCCUGCAGCACCACUUCCUGGCCACGUCGCACUACGUGACCACCCGGAAAGGGGUCUCAACGCUGGCUCUCAUCAUGGGGACCUUUGCAGCUUGCUGGAUGCCUUUUACGCUCUAUUCCUUGAUAGCAGAUUACACGUACCCCUCCAUCUACACCUACGCCACCCUCCUCCCCGCCACCUACAACUCCAUCAUCAACCCUGUCAUAUAUGCUUUCAGAAACCAGGAGAUCCAGAAGGCCCUCUGCCUCAUCUGCUGUGGGUGUGUCCCACCCAGUCUGUCCCAGAGAGCGCGGUCACCCAGUGACGUGUAGCAGUCUUCCAGAUAAGAGCACACUGCCUGUGACAAGCACUCCCACUGCCACGGAAUGGCCAACCUGCUCCCUUUAACUUCUCUGCACUGGACUCCUCCUCAAGCCACCAGAGCACUUAGCAUCAGUGAAACAGUGACAUCAUUUUGAUGAGUUAAGUGAUUAAAGUGAAAAUAACGUUACCAGUGUUGCUACUCUUUAAAAAAUAUCGUUGGCCUCUCUGCUCAACAUGUUUUACUCGGGUGUGGUUUUAUACUUUGUUUGGGGAUUGGUGGAAAAGAAGGAAUAUGACCUGGCCAUGAUGUUAUAAUGUUUUACAUAAACAAGUUCCAGAGUUUUUACCUGGACUUUCAAAUAAAUCAGAGUUAUUAAGGAACAUGGGGAAGGAAUUACUUUUUCAACCUUAAAAAAAAAAAAAAAAGCCCAGGUAGGUUUUAAAUGCUGCAUGGAUCCAACAGAAGACGAUCUCUUUCAAGCCAACAAAAAUAGUUUACAUAAUGAUGUGGGGAAAGGUCCUGUUUUUAUUAGCAUGUAUUCAGUAAUAAGUUACCAACACUAAAACCAUGAACUGGUUCUGAUUUGUUGCUUUUGCAGUUACUGUUCAUAAAAAUUACCUUCUCAUUUCUAUAAAUGUUGCAAGUCCUUCUGCAUGGUUGCUGUGUUAGCUGGACCACUGCUUUCAAAUGUUGCCAUGUAAAUCCAGAAUUAAAACAGUCAUAUGUCACCAUAGUUUUCUGUAUGUCUUUUCCAAAAUGAAUUGUGAAAUAGCUUUUGAUUUAUAUAUGAGGUAGGAUUGAUUAGAUCCACCAUUGUACUUUCUUAUGCUAUAGUCUGAUUGGUUUGAGGCAACAAAAGAAAAUCAAAAUAUUUAUUCAAAGUAGAUUAAAUUUAUUUUAAUAUGUUCUGAAAAUUAAUAUGACAACAUCAUGGAAUAUGCAAACAGCACAUUUUCUAACUCUAAGAAUAUACUAAUAGUUACUCUUGAAUCAGACAAUUUAAUACUAAAAUUGAAAUCUUCUGGUUCAUAUUGUCUGUAUUGUAGAACGCAUUUGAAACAGGUGGUCUCUUGUCUUAAUAUUUAAGUUUGUGAGUGUACAACAUACAUUCCUGACUAUGGAAUUUAUCAUCUGUAUCUUACAAGUUCACAAGCAGAAUAACCAUGUGGCUAUUCAUGAAAAGUUAUGUUUGGACUCUUUUUCACUAAAAAACAAAAAAUAAAAAAACUCCUUAAAUGUAAUAAAAACUGUGUUGCUUCUGUAUAGAGAGCAAAGAUUUAGUUGGAAAUUACACAGAAUUGACUUUAAGCGUAUUGUAAAGUCACUGUGUCUGAGCAUCAUUUCUGUUAGUGCUGACAGAUACAGACGCAGACUGUAGCUCUCCAUCUGCAGUGGAUUUAAGGCUGUGUCUCUCUAACCAGUGAAAGACUCUCUGGACAGCGUAUCAGCUUCAGCUGGCAGCAAAGCCAGGUCUCAGGGUCCUUAAGGGAGAUUGUUGGUAAUAAGUUAACCUUAUUGGUUUGUUCUAGAUACCAUGUCCACCGUGGUCACAGCCUAUCUGGUAGCUGUCUGCUCUCAUGCCUUCUCUCCAAAGCUGCUUCUCAUAUGUUGCUAUUGUGACUAGCUCCCCUACUGAAAUCUUCCUCUUCCCUGAGGUCACUUAUGGAAGCAGGAAAAGGACUGAAAUACUUAAGAAGUGGAAAAGAAUUUUCAAUGCCUAACACUGUCUGAUAGACCUAAUCAAGCUGAUGCCUUGCCUUUAAAACAUUUUUUGAACAUUGUAUAGACUUGGCAUGUUGAAUGAGUCUGUUUUGAAUCACUUAAAAUUUCAGAGCAUCUCUCCAUGAGAGAAAUGACAAAGGGAAGAGAAAUAUCUUUAAUGAGAUUUUAAAGCAAUAAAUGAUGCUUUUGUAGAAAUGAUGACUCCUCUUUUCCUAUCUCAUUAGUAAGAAUUAUAAAGAUGACAAUCCAUCAGGUUUUUAGCAAUGUGUGUGCUAAUCUUUUGCUGUAGUCACAAAACAGCACAUUUUUCAAAAACCAAGACCAGGAGGAGAGGCUAAGCAAUGUCCUGAGGCCACAGAGCCACAGGGCCGAGCCGGCCUUUGCAGCCAGGUUUUCUGAAGUUUCAGUUUUGCUUUCUGCCUGCAUAACAUUGCCUUUCAUCCCUCACUGGAAAAGAGGGCAGGGGAGACGUUGCUCUCUAAUAUGGAACUGUCACAACAUUUGGGUUCUAAAAUGAACGCAUAAAGCUUCCUGUUUAAAAUGACACGUCAAGCGAUGCUGUGGCUGCAUGUGAAGGACAUUUGUUUGUGUGCUUCGUGCCGAACCAUGAUUUUAAUACCUGAUUUCAGCUAAGAGAUUUGUUUUUCAGUUCAACUAUGACAUGGCCUUAUUAUUUAAAUCAUGAGAAUUUUUGGAUGUUUAGAUGGUUUUCUAAAAGGCUUUGUUUUUAUCAGAUUACUAUGAAAUAUGCAUACCUCUUUUUCUAUAUGUGUAUGUGUGUAUGUGUGUAUGCAUACAGACAUUCAAUAACUUUAACUUUGCAACAGGACCAAAUGUAUCAUGGAAAAAAGUCAUAUUUCCUCAAGCCCAGAGGUAUCAGAUAGUAUUUAUUUGUAUUUAUUAUUGGUAUUGGGAAUUGAUUUUAGGGACUUUUGUGCUGAUCUACAUCCCUAGCUCUUUUUAUUUUUAAAAUUUGUUUAUUUUGAGAUGGAAUCUCACUUAUUUGCCAGGCUCAAACUUAUCAUCUUCCUGGCUCAGGCUCCCAGGGUCUGGGAUUUCGGGUGCAUGGCUCCACACUUGAUUAUCUGGUAGCCUUUUAUUCCAUGAAAUUACAGUUUCUGAUUACCAUAGAACUUAUGUUGUUUUCCAUAGAAACAAUUGUCUUUGUGAUUGGAACAAUUUAAUUAUCUUACUGAACCCUUAGCUGAAGUUUGUUAUUUGGGUUGUGGCUGUUCAGUGUGGGAUUUCUUCUUAUUCUUCUAACUAUUUAUUUCUGUGGCUCAGUCAAGUUUUGUUCAUUUGGGAUUGAACCCAGGAGUCUUGUGCAUGCUAGGCAGGUGCUCUAUCCCUGCACUAUUUGCUCACUGACAUUUGUUUCCUGAGGGUGGAGAGGACUGGCUUCCUUCCUGGUACCUCAAGUGGAGGAAGGCUCAGCCCCUUCCUCCUUGCUAGCCUGACUUAAGGACCCCAGUGGAGAAGGGAAGAAGCAGAAUUCCUCUGCUGUAGUGGCUUGGUGAAGUAGUCUUGGGUUUCCCUCAUUCUGAAAUAGGCUUAAAAUACGAAGUUCAAAGGAGAGAGAAGAAAAGGAGACAUUUAGUGCUGAUCAAAGUAUUUUGGAGAUUUCUUAAACUUUUUUUUUAAAAAAAAUAGCUUAAUCCAUUAUUAAACUAAUGAUUUCAUCCAUUUCAUGGUCAUCAUAUAUUUGUCCUAGGAAGUUGGGAUUAAGAUUUGCUACUUCAGAUUUAAAAUAUGUGUUACAUAAGUUAACUACUGUGGCAUUUUCUGAACAAUAUGUAAGUUUAUAUCUUGAUUGUAUGCUCAUUGUAAGGAGCAGGUUGCGUUACUGUCCCCUUUAAAGAUCUUAUUGAUUAUUGAAUUAUUUUAUUAUCUAGUUAGAAACUUUAAAUACAGUUCAAACUUUAAGAAUCAUUGCAUUACUAGCUUUAUACAUCAUGGCUUUAAUUAGCAGAUCUAUUUCUUUCUAGCAAACAAUCCAGAAAAAAGUAUGGACAUCUUGACCAGGGCUCCUGUAACAUUCAAACCUGCAACAGCGUAUGGGCUGUCUGGGAAUCUUGUUAAGAUGCAAUUGUGUGUCAGUGGCCUGGCCCGGCAGCAGCUUCAUGGCUUCUGGGUGACGUGGUGACAGUGGUCUAUAAACACUGUGUGUGCCAAGGGUGAGCGUCAUAGUCUUAGUGUUCUUAAAAUAAAAAUACAAUGUAUACGUGUUCUGUAAAUAAAUAUGUAAAUAUGUA